AUGGAGAAUCAGGCUAAAGAGGCCAAUGACGACGGGAAAUACUUUAAGAAUAUGGCAUAUCAUCGUCCGCCGCAAUACAAUGGAGAAGCUGAUCCGGUUCGCUUCGAGAAUUGGCUCGCAGAGAUGGAGAAACUUUUAGAGGUCAUUAACUGUCCAGCGCGCCUAAAAGUAAAGCUGGCUUACUUCUACCUAUCUGGUCCAGCAGAGUUAUGGUGGCGUUCUGUCAAGGCCACUAUGACUGAUACCUUUUGGGAUGAUUUCCUUAUAACUCUUCGUCAACAAUUCUAUCCGCCAUCACUCCAACGGAAAAAGGAGAAUGAGUUCUUACAUCUUCGUCAGGGUCUUAUGACCGUGAUUGAGUACAGUUGUAAGUUCAAUGAGCUGUCUCAAUUUGCUUCUGACAUUGUAAGCAAAGAAAGUGCUCGUGCAUCCCGCUUCUUCGAGGGUCAUAUGGUGUCUAAGGGUGAAAUUUCUGUAGAUCCUGAGAAGAUUAAAGCAAUAACGGACUGGCCGAUUCUUAGAAAUAUGACUGAAGUUCGGAGCUUUUUGGAUUAG